GCCAAGCCAGAAGUCUUCUGGGCGUCGGGCGGUUUGUUGCACUGGCACACCGGCUCCGCAAACCAGGAGGAGGCCUGCAGAAGUGAUCUCAUCGCAGGGCGCCCCAGUGCUGGCAAAGAGCGAAGUUCCGGCCGCCUUGCCCUGGGAUCAGCCUCGACUGAAGAGGGACACGCCUCCCCUCAGAAACAGGUCACCAGUGCAGACAUUCAGAUCAACGCCGUCCCUCAGUCCACUGGGGAAUGCGCUCGUGAGUCUCCGAGUUGGCACAGACGAGCCUGCUCUGACUGGAGUCGAACCGCCCGUGACCGAGAAGACGCUUUUGCUGCUCGUCUCGAGCUUCGUGCAAGGGCGAGAGACCGUCGGCAUGAUCCUUCGCCCACCAGGCCAGAAAGACCGAUUCGGCCUCAUGAGGUGCCUUUUCCUCGUCUUCGGGCUCUUGGGGCAGGCAGUUGGCACCGACUUGUCGGAGAGUUGCUCAUCGGACUCCGGCUGUGAGGCGCAGUCUCCGUUCUUUUCCAGCCACGACAGCUUCAUGGAAAAUUGGGCCAGCCUGGAGGAGGAUUUUGAAGAGUCCGAUGGCUCGGAUGACGGCGAGUUGGACCAGGAGGAUGAAUCUGAGGAGGACGACGACGAAGCCUACAAUGAAGUUGAUUUGCUUGAGGUUGCGUUCUUGAUGUUCGACGUCAUGGGUGUCAAGCCUCCUAAAUCAGGAAAGGCGCCGGCCAAGACGGUGCUGAAGAAGUACUUGGACGACCCAACCGCGCUUCAGAAGGUCUGGGGACACUGGAAGAAGCUCAGGGUGAACCGGCCUGCGCGGGACAAUGCCAACGAUGCCUGGAAAGGGGCCAAGGUCCUCUGGGACGAAGGCGUCCUAGAGGAAAUGUUCCAGGCGGCCAUUUCAGGGCUGGGUUGGAUCGCACUUGCCUCGAUGAUUGCGCAGUUCGGCGCCCAGGUUACCCUCAUGUUCGUCACAGGCGGAGCCGCCACCGUCAUCAAGAUUGCAUUGUUGAUCCCAGCCGCCAUAGACCUCUGGAAUGCUUUCACUGACGUCAACUCCAACUGCCUCUAG